AUGCAAUGUAUUGCCCCGCUGUUCCAGCUACCGGUACUCAAGACGCUGAUUCUGAGUGGUGGAGGUGGAUUCCACAUGGCUACUAAAAAUAUGGAAGCUGCGAUCCAUUCGUCACCGAUCGAAUUAUAUGAGCACGCGAGCACGCUGUCCACCCUCAAAACGUGCUGCUGGCACGCCCCCAAGAGCCCUUCAACUAAAGAUAUGGUACUGGCGGACUUCACUGCUCUAAAAGAGCUCGAGGUGCACUACUCUCAUGUCGAAGAUAACCUCUUACCGCCAAACCUUUGCCGGCUCGUCGUAUGCGCAACUACUCGCGACAGAGAAUGCAUCAUGAAAGACAUGGAAACACUCACACAAAAACUCAGCAAACGAUCAAACCUCGACGUAACACUGAAGUAUCGGCACUACAGAAAGUUAAACUACAAGCUUCCAAAACUAAGCGAACUGCCAUCCGUGUUCGCUAAGUCUGAUCUCAAUCUGUCGCUUUACGUGUAUCCUGUUGUCGGCUCAUCAUGGUACUUGAUCGCCAAGUUCGAUCACCGCGCUGCAUGGUUGUCGCAGAGACCUAGCGAGACAGGCGCAAAGGAGUUGAGAGCUUGGUCGAAGCGAUUAGAUUCGACGUACGAUUACCGGGAGAUUGUGCUCGCGGAGAUCAAAAAUAUGGUCGGAAAGCACGAGAACCUUUGGAAGAGCAACGACUACGAUCUCGACUUCAUGCUACCGUAUCUGUUUAGAAAUCUGUACAAGGUCUGA